UGUGGCCUUGCAAAUACUGCUGGGCUUGGCCUCUCCCCGCCUGGGCUGGGCUCCGCUGCUUUGGUGGGUUUUGGCUGUUCUUGACCUUUCUCCUGUAAAAGAUUGGAAACCUAGAGUUUCUUGCUUGUUGGUGAAAUUUGUUGGCAGAGGUGAUUGGCUAGCUACUACCUGGCUCCCCAGGCUGGUAAAAGAGGAUGGGGGCUGAGGUUUCUUCAAAGCCGGCUGCAUCCACUAUGAAGAAGCCUUUUGGCCUCAGCGGCAAGAUGGGCAAGUGGUGCUGCCACUGCUUCCCCUCCUGCAGGGGGAGUGGCAAGAACCACGUAGACUCUAGGGGAGACCACGACGACAUCGCCUGUUUGGAGCCAAGGUAACACGUCCGUCGAGAAGAUCUGGGCAAGCUCCACAGAGCUGCCUGGUGGGGUAAAGUCCCCAGAGCGGAUCAGAGGCGGAAUCAUAUUCAUAUCCAGCAAGGACAAAAGAGGACUGCUCUACAUUUGGCCUGUGGGAAUUCAGAAGUAGUAAAACUCCUGCUGGAUAGAAAAUGUCAACUUCGUGUCUUUGACAGCAAAAAGAGGACAGCUCUAACACAGGCUGUACGAUGUGCGAUACUUUUGCUACAACAUGGUAUUGAUCCAAAUCUUCCGGAUGUGUAUGGCAAUACUGCCAUACAUGCUGUCUACAGUGAAGAUAGAUUAAUGGCCAAAACACUGCUUUUAUAUGCUGAUAUCGAAUCAAAAACAAGGUGUGGCCUCACACCACUUUUACUCGGUGUACAUGGACAGAAACAGCAAAUGGUGGAAUUUUUAAUCAAGAAAAAAGCUAAUUUAAAUGCACUUGAUAGGUUUGGAAGAACUGCUCUUAUACUUGCUGUACGUUGUGGAUCAGCAAGUAUGGUUAGCCUUCUGCUUCAGCAAAAUAUUGAUGUAUUUUCUCAAGAUGUAUCUGGGUGGACUGCUGAAGAUUACGCUAUUUCUAGUCAUCAUAAUAUAAUUUGCCAAUUACUUUCUGACUAUAAAGAAAAACAGAUGCCAAAAAAAUGUUCUGAAAACAGCAAUCCAGGUAAGACUUCUGAUACAUGCAGUCCAAAAGUUCAGACAUCUGAGAAAUACAAGCAAAUUAACCUUCUAUUUUUGCAUCUGCUGAAAAUGUCUCAAGAACCAGAUGUAAAUAAGCAUUGCGAUAGAGAGGCUGAAGAAGAAAUGCAGAGGCAUGGAAGUAAUAACGUGGGAAUAUCAGUAAACCUGACUGAUGGUGCUGCUGCUGGCAAUGGUGAUGAUGGAUUAAUUCCACAAAGAAAGAGCAGAAAACCUGAAAAUCAGCAAUUUCCUAGCACAGAGAAUGAAGAAUAUCAUAGGCCUGAAAAGAAAUUUAAUGAAAAGAACAAGGUCAAAAGUGAAAUACAUUCAGUGGAUGACCUGGAUGACAUAACGUGGCCAUCUGAAAUGGCCUCAGAGGAUUAUGAUUUGCUUUACCCUAAUUAUGAGACUUUUAUGUUGCUCGCUGAACAACUCAAAAUGGAUUUUAACGGUUCUACUAGCCUAUCAAAAAUCCAGGAUGCAGUUCUUUCAGAAGAACAUUUAUUAGAACUUAAAAAUAAUCACCAUGAACAACUUACAGUAGAAAUUGAAAAAAUGGAAAAUAUGAUUCAUGUACUACAAAAGAAGCUGUCUGAAACAAAAGAAACACAAUUACAGUUAGAGCAUGAAAAAGAUGAAUGGGAGCAAGAACUCUCCGCUUUGAGGUAUGAUAUUCUAGUUUUAAAGAAUAUUUUAACUAUUUAUGCUAAAUAUGCAUGUAGUGAAGAGUUAGAAAGAAAAGAAGAGGAAUAUAGGAAAGAUACUGAAAUGAACCAACAACUGAAACAGACUCUGAAAAUACGAGCCAUGGAAUUGGGGACAGUAAGAAAGAAUUUGGAUCAGAAUGAUACCCAGAAGCAACUUUCCAAAGAACAGAAUGCUACAAUAUUACUAAACAAGACGUUGUUUAACAAACCAAAGCAGAUAGAAGUAGCUGAAAAGAAAAUGAAUUCUGAGAUAUUUUCUUAGCCAUUUUCAAAUAUUUCUCUUAGCCAUAAGAAAGAAAAAGAUCUCUUGCAUGAAAAUAGCAUGUUGCAGGAAGAAAUUGCCAUGCUAAGACUGGAACUGGAUACACUAAAACAUCACAAUCAGCUAAAGGAAAAGAAGUAUUUUGAGGACAUUGAAAGUGUGAAAGAAGAGCAUGAUAAUCUUCUAAAGGCUAUAAAAUUGAAUGAGGAAGCAAAAACAGUAUUUUAG